CAUCGAUAAAAGCCUCUCCUACCUUCUUCCUUCCAACUAGGAUAACACAACCUGGGGCUUUUUAGAAAUCUCUAGAACCCGUACCAGUCUUCUAUUCUCGCUCUCCAAGGAGCAGACCGAUUUUUUUUCAAAUAAGUCGGUUAAUUUCAAGUGAAGAUGAGUGUGGUUGGGUUCGACUUUGGUAAUGAGAGUUGCAUUGUUGCUGUUGCAAGACAAAGAGGGAUUGAUGUUGUGCUAAAUGAUGAAUCAAAGCGUGAAACACCAGCUAUUGUUUGCUUUGGGGAAAAGCAGCGAUUCAUUGGUACUGCUGGUGCUGCAUCUACUAUGAUGAACCCCAAGAACUCAAUUUCUCAGAUAAAGCGGUUAAUAGGCCACCAGUUCUCAGAUCCUGAGUUGCAAAGGGAUCUCAAGUCCUUGCCUUUCAACGUCACUGAAGGCCCCGAUGGAUAUCCAUUGAUUCAUGCCCGUUAUUUGGGUGAAAUGAGAACAUUUACCCCAACCCAAGUUCUGGGGAUGGUUUUUUCAAACCUGAAAGGCAUAGCUGAGAAGAAUCUGAAUGCGGCAGUGGUGGACUGCUGCAUUGGAAUUCCUGUUUAUUUUACCGAUCUUCAAAGAAGAGCUGUAUUAGAUGCAGCCACAAUUGCAGGGCUGCACCCCCUUCGCUUGAUUCAUGAAACUACUGCAACAGCACUGGCUUAUGGUAUUUACAAGACUGAUUUACCUGAGAAUGAGCAAUUAAAUGUUGCCUUUGUUGACAUUGGACAUGCAAGCAUGCAAGUGUGCAUUGCUGGUUUUAAGAAGGGCCAGCUGAAGAUACUGUCCCACUCAUUUGACCGGUCUUUGGGUGGGAGGGAUUUUGAUGAAGUUCUAUUUCAGCAUUUUGCUGCAAAAUUCAAGGAAGAAUACAAGAUUGAUGUUUUCCAGAAUGCAAGGGCAUGUCUAAGGCUUCGUGCUGCCUGUGAGAAGCUGAAGAAGGUCCUCAGUGCCAAUCCAGAGGCUCCUCUGGGCAUUGAGUGCUUGAUGGAUGAGAAGGAUGUUAGAGGUUUUAUUAAGAGGGAGGAGUUCGAACAGAUCAGCAUCCCAAUAUUGGAACGCGUGAAGAGGCCAUUGGAGAAGGCUCUUCAAGAUGCUGGGCUCGCUGUUGAAGAUGUUCACGUGGUUGAGGUGGUUGGCUCAGCCUCUCGUGUUCCUGCCAUCAUCAAGAUUUUGACAGAGUUCUUUGGUAAGGAGCCUAGGCGUACAAUGAAUGCAAGUGAGUGUGUGGCAAGAGGCUCUGCCUUGCAAUGUGCCAUUCUUAGCCCAACCUUCAAAGUACGAGAGUUUCAGGUCAAUGAGAGCUUUCCUUUCUCGAUUUCUCUGUCAUGGAAAGGAUCAGCUCCAGAUGGUCAGAAUGGAGGAGCUGAACAGCAACAAUUGGUCUUCCCAAAGGGAAAUCCAAUACCAAGUAUCAAGGCUGUUACAUUCCAUAAGACGAGCACAUUCACCAUUGAUGUUCAAUAUGCUGAUUUGAGUGAAUUGCAAGCACCUGCAAAAAUAAGUUCAUACACGAUUGGUCCUUUCCCAACUACAAGCAGUGAAAAGCCAAAACUGAAGGUCAAAGUUCGCCUGAAUCUGCAUGGGAUUGUAUCUGUUGAGUCAGCAACACUCUUAGAAGAGGAAGAAGUUGAAGUUCCAGUCUCAAAAGAGCCAGCUAAGGAAGGUUCAACAAUGGAGACUGAUGAAGCUCCAAGUGAUGCUGCUCCUCCAAGCACCAAUGAGGGUGAUGUUAACAUGCAAGAUGCUAAGCCAGCAGCUGAUGCACCAGGGAUUGAAAAUGGUGUUCCUGAGUCUGAUGAAAAGCCUGUGCAAAUGGAGACUGACAGCAAGGUUGAAGCUCCAAAGAAAAAGGUGAAGAAAACAAAUGUCACUCUGUCAGAGUUGGUUUAUGGUGCACUAUCACCUGGAGAUUUGCAAAAGGCAGUUGAGAAGGAGUUUGAAAUGGCUUUGCAAGAUAGGGUUAUGGAAGAAACUAAGGACAAGAAAAAUGCUGUUGAGGCUUAUGUAUAUGACAUGAGGAAUAAGCUAAGUGACAAAUAUCACGAAUUUGUCAUACCUCAGGAGAAGGAAGAGUUUAUGGCUAAGCUUCAGGAAGUGGAGGAUUGGCUAUAUGAAGAUGGUGAAGAUGAAACCAAAGGCGUCUACAUUGCUAAGCUUGAGGAGCUUAAGAAGCAAGGUGAUCCCAUUGAACAGCGUUACAAGGAGUACUCUGAGAGGGGAUCUGUCAUUGAUCAGCUUGUUUAUUGCAUCAACAGUUAUAGAGAGGCAGCCAUGUCAAAUGAUCCCAAAUUUGAUCACAUUGAGCUGGCUGAAAAGCAAAAGGUGUUGAAUGAGUGUGUGGAGGCUGAGGCCUGGUUAAGAGAGAAAAAGCAGCAGCAGGAUCAACUUCCCAAGCAUGCCAUGCCAGUUCUCUUGUCAGCUGAUGUGAGAAGAAAGGCUGAAGCAUUGGACAGGUUUUGCCGUCCUAUAAUGACAAAACCAAAGCCAGCCAAACCAGCAACGCCUGAAACACCUGCAACCCCACCUCCGCAGGGAAGCGAGGCGCAGCAGCAGGGUACAGAUGCUAAUGCCAAUGCUAGCCCCAAUGCCAGUGAGAAUGUGCCAGCGGGCAGUGAUGAUGUACCUCCUGCUUCGGUGGAACCAAUGGAAACUGACAAGUCGGAAACUACUAGUGCCGCAUAAUUCAUUACACGUUGGAAUGGUUUGUCAUGGCAUGCUGUUAAAAAUAUUGUUCCUAUGUAUACGAACUAUUUUUAGAGAGAGCCUGAGAUCAACUCCCUGGCAGGCUGACAUGAGAGGCUACGCUGUUUGGGUACUUAAACGGUUAUUUUCAAUUUGUAAAGCCUAUUGUUUUGGGUUGUCUGCCAAACUUUUAUUAAGGGUGUCUCUAGGGUUUGGGUUUUCACAAGAGGUCCUUUAGGAGAAAAUACCGCUAGGGUUCCUCGCCAACAUUUUUCGGUUGGUUAGGAAACCGAAUUUUACUCUGAAAGAUUUGAAGUGUUUAUGUCAUUUAUUUUAGUUGGAUUUUCUCUAUUUGAAUUCGAAUCUACUUCAAUUAAUGCUCGCUUUGUAU